UGGAGCAGGACCUUGGUGUGUGUGGGCAAGCACUUUUUUUCUUUUUUUUGGAGUUGGAAAGGCACAACUGCUAGCACUGACAACAACACUUCACCCACCUGUGUACAGAAGCACAGCUACUAUACCUACCCACCUAAAGUCAUCUGAGAGAAGAACGAGCGAGAGAGAGAGAGAGAGACAACAAACCCAUUGAACACAGGCCUGGUCGGACUCCAUUCCACAGCUCUGCUCUGGACCAUGGUCCAUCAUACCACCUGUAUCAUGAGCAUCCCUUCCACUGCCAGCAUUGAGAGCCAGCUGCCCACAACAUGGAGCUCCUACCCCUGCCUAGACAGUCAGGACUUGUUUGGUUACUCAAUGGAUCUUUCAUUUCUACAGUGAUGCCCGGUUACACCAGUCGCAUGUGGUCCCAGGACUACAAGCCUCAGUAUUGGUCAAAGUACAUGGUGUGGCAGUGGCUGCAGCAGAUGGUGGACAUGCACCAGAUUGAUGCUGCCAGCAUCCACUUCCAGAACUUUGACGUGGACGGCGAUCAACUGUGCAGCAUGACCUACCAGGACUUCACACGGGCCGCAGGCACCGUGGGGCCUAUCCUCUACCAAAGCCUCAACGAGCUCAAAUGGAGGGGACAGUAUCCUGGAGUGGAGUUUAACCCACUCGAGAUUAUCAAAUCAGAGCCAGAUGAUUUCCCUUGUCCAUUCCCAGAUCCUAGCAUAUAUCCUGCAGACAUUUUUGAUCCCUCGUGUCAAUGUCUCGCACCUGUGGCAUCACCCACUACCUCAAGUCCAGACAGUCGCCCUCAUCAGAUCAAAAAACACAACCCCCGGGGGACCCACCUGUGGGAGUUCAUUAGGGACAUUCUGCUGAACCCAGAGCGGAACUCAGGCCUGCUCAAGUGGGAGGACCGGACAGAUGGCGUGUUCCGUUUCCUCAAGUCAGAGGCUGUUGCUCAGCUGUGGGGCAAGAAGAAGAACAACAGCAGCAUGACCUACGAGAAGCUCAGCCGAGCUAUGAGAUAUUACUACAAACGGGAAAUCCUGGAACACGUGGAUGGCCGAAGGCUGGUCUACAAGUUUGGGAUAAAUGCACAAGGAUGGAGGGAGUCAGAAAAGUAAAAGAGUCUGGAGGACACCUCUCCACUAUUUUGUGCCUUUUUUAUCCUGUCUAUUUAUGUUUGUUUUUUAUUUUAAUGUGUCACUGUGGUGUUUUACUAUGUCGUUGUUUUACAAAGAGGAGCAUUACAUUACAUUACAUUUAAGUCAUUUAGCAGACGCUCUUAUCCAGAGCGACUUACAAAUUGGAGCAGAAUGCCUUGUUGCAACUCUUGACAUUUGAUGGAGUUUUUGUAUGAUAUGUUUACAUUUGGUUAAGCAAGACUACAUUUUACAUUUAAUUGCUUACCCAGCUAGCACAUAAAUGUUCUGAGAACCAAAUGUUUCUUAGAGCUUGGUGACAGCGGGGUUGUCAUAUGGUUAUUUUGCAUACAACCUUCCUACAACUUUCUGGGAAUGGUGCAGGAUAGUUGCUUGACUGUGGAACAUUCCCGGCACAUUUAAGGAACUUAAUUUUUUUAUUUUUUAUAAUCUUGGUAUUUCAUUUCUUUAACUGAAUGUUUCCUAAAAGUUCAAACAUGGUUGGAUUUAAUGUCAAUUUUGGUAAUGUUCUAGGAAUGUUCUCCAACUAGUUUGACAUUGGGAAUGUUCUCAAAUAGUUCAGAGAAUAUUAAGAAACAACAGUCUUCUGUGGGAUUUUCAGUACUUCAGCAUAAUGUUUUCUGCGUGUUUCCUCAUGGUUAUUUUUAAAGUCAGGUUCUCAGAACGUUAAGAUAAUGUUCCAUAAAAACCACAAGAACAUUAGUAACAUUCAAAUAACUUUCUAAGAAUGUUAUUUAAAAACAUUUCAUUCUUAGCAUCAACAAAACUGUUUAUCCUCUAUCUUGUUAAGUGUGUUCAGGUGUGUUGGCCUCACCCACUUAUUGGUCACACCUGAUCUUUAUUAAUGCUUGUUUCCUUUCAAAUGGGGUCUGUUUGAAUAGACUAAAAUGAACAUGGUAUGCUAGCUCCAUCCUGGUUGCGCAGUGGAGUAAUUCCAUGGAUAGAGAACCGAAGACUAUCGGUACUGAAUUUCACUGACGUUGUGCCACAACAAAAAAUAUGUGUUUGCAAAUUCAUUUCUGUGUCCUAUCUAGGGUUGCAAAGGGAGGGUAUUUUACUGGAAACUUUCAAUUAUGUAAUCUACCACUAGAUACUGUAUCUACUGGUCUUUUGGGGGUAUUUCAUAAUAUCACCGGUGUCUGUAAUUCUCUCUGUCCUGUUUUCUGGCCUUAUCACAUGGAAAAUAUGAAAUAAUUAAAUACAAUUAUUUAAAAAAUAAAAUGAAUGAGAAAGCUGUGAAAUAUCAUCCUAAAUAUAAACCAUCCAACUUAGUGAAUACCAUUGGUGCAUUUUUAUUUAUUUUACUACGUCAACAUGUAUUUUUUUGUGAAUGUUUUUGCCUCAAACUGGUGAAAGUUGUGAUUAAAUGUUGAUUAGAUGCUUUUUGAUUAGAUGUUUGUUGAUUAGAUGCUUUUCUAGGCUAUUUUCUCUUCACCCAUAUGGUCUAUCUAUUAGAAACUUAUGGACAAUAUGGACACAGAUAUAUAAAUGAACACUAUAUAUGAACAUAUCUUUUUUAAGAUAUUCAAGUAUAAAUUACCAAAGUUAAGAUAGAUUGCAAUAGAUUUUCUGUUAAUUACCAAAAUUAAUGAAGAUUUCUGAAACUUUGGUACCGAUAGGACUAGGUUUGCAAA